AUGACGACCAGAGGCCACACCGGUACACAGGAAGCUCCACAGCGUCAAAAGAUCACGGAUAGGCCAAUCAGCACCCUUGUCAAGGAGUCCUUUGAAUGCGAGAGGAAGAUACUGGAGCUGGAUGCUCAAACAAUCGUGGCUGAUUUGAACAUGAUGGAGGCAAUCAACACGGAUGCUGUGUUAAGAUACCGAGCUUAUGAGAAGCAGUUAAAUGCAUUGAGUGAUUCUGGGAGCAAAAUACGACAGCAUAACGACAUUGAAGUUUCUGUUGAUAAGCUUCAGGUUCUUUCGGAAGAGAUUGAUGAAUGGAGUGCUGAGCUUGAAGUGAAGGCGAGGAGGUAUAUCAAGAACUAUAAAUGA